UUCCUGCUCUGGUGUCCACAGGUUGGGGAGGUGAAGUGUUUCCUGAUGGGGGAGUGUCCAACCCCGUCCAGCAUGCCAGAGCCCUUCCCUAACCUGCCCGAUCCUGUCUACUUACCCCCCACCACUACCCCCUCCACCACCACAGCGGCCACAAUAGCGCAGGACCCCACCACCACAGCCAAGACCACCAUGAGACUGCUGGAAGGUUCCUCAGGGUCGGAGGGCGUGGAGGUGAGCGGCGCCGUUCCCCUGGGCACCAGGCUGACUCUGGUGGUGAGCGCCUAUAGUCGAGACCUGCCCCUUGACCUCCACCUGGCUAAGUGUGAGGCGCGGGACGAGGAGGGACGCGUCGUGGUGCUCCUUAAGGACGGGUGCAGCGUGUCUCAGGUGCUGGAGGACUUCCGUGAGGUUGUGGAGGCCGAUGGUGAGCCUGGCGUGCGGCGUGUCAGUCAGUACGCCAAACUGCGCGUCUUCAACACCAGAGCAGCGCCGCAGAACAUCACCUUGCUGUGUUUUCUCAAGGUGUGUAGCGGGGAGUGUGCCGAGCGUCCAGCCUGCGUGCACUCGGACAUCAACCUCGGCAGGAGCAAGAGGCCCGUGCCGUCCCUGUACUCCCGCCAGGUGACCCUCGCUAAGGUGUUCCGCGUGGCAGGCUUCCCCGUCAACAGACCCACCACCCCGCCUGUCCUCAGUUCAAAGUCGCCAGGAGACAAACCGGAAUGUGACUGUUCGCACGUUGCGGGCGUGGAGGCGGCGGCGGCGGGGGCGGGUCGCGGGGUUGCCUGUCCCACCAGACGGUGUACCUGGUGUUGGGUCUGUCCACCGCCUUCUACAUCCUGGUGGCGCUGUGCGUGUACUACUUCCUGCGGCGCCCCAGCCCCUACGCCCUGCAGAAGGCUCACAUGGAGGACACGGAGUCGCCGCCCCGCGCCCUCUACCAGGAGUACUGUACCACAAGGAGACGCACUCCACAGUCUUCGCCGGAGUACUCUGUCAAUAUGUCGCCGCAGAACCGCCACUCGCCACACUCCGAGUCCCCACACGCCGGCCACUCGCCGCACUAUAACUAGUCCACACCGCCCUCCGUCAGGCAUCCAGUACAGCGUCAUAGCACCGCAGCACCGCCGACCCUAACAACAAUAGCAGCAGCCUCGCUCCGUGAGUCGCCGCCACGCACGAUGACUGCCCCUCUCCCUCCCCUCCCCACACUUUAAAGGAAUACAAGUGACUAUUGUGAUAAAUUUUAUCUGUUUUAUGCUUGUGUGUCCUCCCUGAUGUAACUCAGUGUUCAUAAGUGUGUCCUUGACGGUGACCUGCUGGUGAGUCUGCUGGGGCCGCGGCGAUCCACUAAACCAGGCAGUGUCAGCGUCAGGCGCCUCGAGCCAGGCAGGCAGUGAGGGAGGCGUGCGUAGCUCACCCUCCUCGCUCAGGAGAAAAGUGUCAAUUUCUUAGCGAUUAACUAACUGCCAAGUAUUGUUGUACCUGUGUAGUUUUUUACCUGUUAUAUUUCGUUGUUCUUUUACUGUUGAGUUGUGUAGUUGUUGUUUUUUUACGCUAAAUGUUGUAUAUAUUUCUAAUUUUUGAUAGUUUGUUGCGUAUACUUUAAUUAUAUUCGAUCUAUUGGAGUAAUCCUUGAUAUGCGUUGUGUUACAUGUACGUCAGCUUUCCAAUCAUAAAUGUGCUGUUUUGUGACAACCGUUA